AUGAAAAUUCUAUCCAGAGUGUCUUUACUCCAACUUCUGUUAGUGUUUAUUGUGAAAUUCUCAGAAAAUAACUUUGUAGAAGGCGCUGUGGGAUUAUAUGGACCUGAUCGUUAUGAAGGUCUGCCCGAAUCAUGUCUACUGCCCAUGGAUUUCGGUUACUGUCGUGCCAAAUUACAACGUUACUACUUCGAUAUUCGACGCAUGAAAUGUACCAUGUUCUAUUGGGGCGGAUGUGCCGGCAAUGAUAAUAAUUUCAAAACAAUGGAGGAAUGUAAUGACUUCUGUUCGUCCGGCUAUGAACAAAGCAACAAUAUUGUACCACUCAAAAGAGAACGUUCAGAAAAUAAUCCCAACUACAAUGUCAAUCAAAAUACAAGGUCAUCCAAUUUCAACAGCCGAGGAAAUAUCGCUGGCUCUACAUCGAAGUCUGUCGCACCGAAAUUCACAAUCAAAAGUUCUCCUGCACCCUCGUACAGGGAUAAUGUCAGUGUCAACAAUGGCACGGCCAGGGCAAAUGUAAAGACUUUUAAUAUUAAUCCGCCACAAAAAGAGCUGAAAUAUCCAACGGCCACAGAUGAUUUGGAAGAUGAGGAAUAUGAUGAGUAA